GAAUGUUGGCAAACUAUGAUCAUGCGAAAGUUUAAUUUUGGCCAAUGUUCAUGAUUAAGCAAAACUUACAAUUGAAUCGACUGUUUUGUUAAUAGUAAUCGUUAUAUUUCUCUACUUUUAAAUACGUAUAAAGAACACGUUAGGAACUUCAGUGUAAUGUAUUCCAAACCUUUCCUGGCUUGCUUGGCAAGGGUUACAUUGCUCACAGUAUGUUUUCGCUGUAGAAAACAAUGUGUAAGACCCGUAAAGACCUAGGGGAGAGGUAGGCCAUGAGGUCUUUGACGUAGGUGUUGAACUGCUGGUGUGUUUUCUAUAGUUUGUGGUAUAAAAAGUGGAAUGGAAUGAUCCUAUAACAAAUUUAACCAGAGUGAAAAAGAAUAUACAAGAAAGAUGAAACCUACAUCUACAUUGCUUGUCCGACAUUUGCCUCCAGAUUUAACAAGUGAUGAGAAAGAAGAACUUCUAAAGCAUUUUGGGGCCGUUCAGGUUAAAAUAUUGUCGUCUAAGAUCAAAAAGAGUAACAUCUUAUUUGCAAGAUUUGAAUCUGAGGCAGCAGCCACUGCAGCCCUUCAUAGGCUGCACCAGCUUGACAUUCUGGGGUAUCCACUUAGUGUUGAGUAUGCCAGAGGAGUGGCUGAGCAUGAUUAUAGCCUGGUACAGAAGCUAGAUUUCCAUGAGAGAACAGAGGAAAAGGAGAACAGCCAAAAACAUUUGCAAGCAUUUCUGCAAAAGCUGAAUGCUUGGAAUUCCACAUGGAAUUUUACAAACCCUCCACCUUCUCAUCUGAAGUACCAGUACCCACCCCCAACAAUGACCGUUCUUCAUAACAUAUCUUGUACCUUGGCAUCUGUUCCAAAAUUUUACACCCAAGUUCUGCAUCUCAUGAACAAGAUGAAUUUACCAUGUCCAUUCCAGCCUAUACCAUUCCCUAAAUCAGAGAUGUUGUCUAGCUCUGUGCAUGCAGACAUGGUAGAAGAGAGUGAUAAUGUACCACCAGAACCAAUUCAGACAGUGGAAUCAUCUGAAGAAGAGGAAUCAGAACUUGAAAGUGAUGAAGAAAGGCAGCAUUUACCAACAGACAUAAUUCCUGCCAAACGGCCUCUGCUCCACAAACCAAAACAAGUGAAACGUCCAAAAUUCAUCAAGCCUGUUCAUGUAGCAACUACCCCAGCUGUGAAAAUUUCAAAGCCAGAAGAAGUAUUUGAAAAAGUUGUUUGUGAGCCAAUUCAGCACAAAAUAGAGGUCAAAUUUUCAAUUGCAGUAGGAGAUGUUGAGAAGGUGAAUGAACAGGGUAGUUGCUCUUCUGGUGGUUUUGGUCUUAUGUUUCCUGUAACAAAGAAUGCUGAUAAAGCAAAAUCAGAUGAGAACAUAGGCAUAACAGAGGAAGAGGCAUCAAGAGGGACCACCAUCACAGCAGAGGAACUAGAGGCCAACCGCAUAUCUUCUAGAGUCUUUGUUACAGACCAGAAACAUCACCCAGUAUUCAGAAAUUAUCAACCUGGCAUCCCCUCAUGCCGACUGUACAUAAAGAACUUGUCAAAGCAAGUUACAGAGCGUGAUCUCCACUACAUAUAUCGACGCUACCUUAUACCCAACAAUGAUGAGCAAGGCAAUAUGUUUGAUGUGCGGCUGAUGACAGAAGGGAGAAUGAAAGGGCAGGCUUUCAUCACACUGCAGAGCAUGAAGCAAGCUGAAGCAGCACGUAAAGAAACAAAUGGAUAUAUCCUAAAGAACAAACCAUUAGUUGUUCAGUUUGCAAGAUCUGCUAAAACAAAAUGAAUUUGAGGACUUAUACCAUUCACUGACCUGUAACGGUUGCUACAGUAAAAACUUGAUUAAAAAUGAUACACAUUCUUCAGUCA